AGAUUUGGUUUGGGAAAAUGGAGGCAUAUGCUGCAGAACUUGAACAGCUUCUCAAGCAAAUCAACAGCGGAGACACCGCGCGUUUGCAGUCGGCUACAGCAACCCUCAGCAGUCAGUACUACUCGAAGGUGAUAUGCAUCCCGGCGCUGUUUGAAAUUGCCUCCCGCCACCCAGACAUUGGUCUUCGUCAACUUGCUGCCGUAGAGCUUCGAAAGCAAGUUAGGAAGCAAGGUGGUAACUGGUGGGAAUCGUUGGAAGAACCUUACAGAAAUCAAAUCAAACAGCGAUUGCUCGAGAUCAUUGUGGUUGAGCCCAGCAAACCUGUGCGACACUCAUUAGCACGCGUCAUUUCUGAAGUUGCGAAGGUGGAGCUGUCCAAAGAGCGGUGGGGAGAACUCAUUACUUUCCUCUACACAUGUUGUCAGAGUCCAACUGCUGGCCACCGGGAAGUCGGUGUAUAUGUACUCGAUACGCUGUUUGAAGUGAUUGCGGAUACGCUGACCGACCGUAUUGCCGACCUCUUUCUGCUAUUUUCCAAAACCUUGGCCGAUCCCGAUAGUCUUGAAGUUAGGGUGACGACUCUGAUGGCUCUCGGAAAGAUUGCAGACUUCAUUGAUCCGCAAGCACAGAAUGAGAUUAAAGCGUUUAGAGAUCUUUUGCCUGGCAUGGUCGCUGUGCUGCGUGACUGCCUUGCUCAAGGAGAUGAGGAUAGCGCAGUGAAGGGAUUUGAAGUCUUUGACAAUCUUCUCGUUAUCGAAGCGCCGUUAUUGUCUAGGCAUAUAUCCGAUCUCAUUCAGUUUUUUGUGGGCAUCGGUGCCAAUAGAGCCUAUGGAGGGACGGUUCGCGUGUCUGCCUUGUCGUUCUUGAUGUGGAGCACCGUAUACCAGAAAAAUAAACUUGUGAAACUCAAGUUGAUAUCCCCGAUCAUUGGCAGUAUCUUCCCUAUCGCUGCGGAGCCAGAGCCAGAAGAUGAUGACGAAGACUCUCCAGGGCGCUUGGCCUUGCAAGUCAUCAACUCGCUGUCAACAAACUUGCCACCACAGCAGGUGUUUCCCGAUUGUAUGCAGCUGAUCGUCUCGUACAUGCAGAAUCCGGAGCCCACGGCCCGGAAGGCGGCGAUGCUUGCCUUUGGGGUUCUUGUAGAUGGUUGCGCCGAUCAUAUGCGAAGCAAGAUCAACGAACUACUUCCGUUGCUGUGUAAUGGAUUGCAGGAUCCGGAGAAUAUUGUACGACGGGCCGCAUGCAUGGCUCUGGGAUCUGUUGCAGAGGAACUCAGUGAGGAGAUUGGCCAGCACCAUGCGACACUCUUGCCAUUGAUUUUUAAUCUGCUGAAUGAUCCAAGCGAGAAAGUGCAAAAGUCAUCUACGAACGCACUUGACGCCAUUUUGGAGGGUCUGGGCGACGAUAUUAACCAGUAUCUCCCCGCUUUAAUGGAGAAGCUCGUUUACUUGCUGGAUAGUGGCAGUAAUUCAGUCAAAGGCGUUGUCAUUGCUUGUAUUGGGUCUGCUGCUCAUUCAGCAGGUGACAGCUUCCAGCCGUAUUUCCCGCAAGUCAUGGCACGGUUGCAGUCUUACAUGGCUAUCACAGACAAGGAUGUGCUCGAUCUACGGGGUCUUGCAACCGAUACCGUUAGUGCAGUUGCUGAAGCCGUGGGGAAAGAGAUCUUUAGGCCCCAUAUGAACGCAACGAUGAGUCAAGCAGUGCAAGGACUGGAACUCGACAACAACAGACUGCGCGAAUGCAGUUAUGUCUUCUUUUCCGUUAUGGCUCGGGUGUUUGAGGAGGAAUUUGCUCCCUUUUUAACCGUUAUUGUACCGCAACUUCUCAAGUCUUGCAACGAGGAGGAGAAGAAUCCAACUGAAUGGAGUGGGGAAGCUGAAGAUGAUCAAUCUAUAUCGUUGGAUGACGAGGAUGAUGACCACUUCCCUGGGUUUAGUCUCAAUAACGCCUUGGCAGAAGAAAAGGAAACCGCGGCAGAUGCAUUGGGACAAAUUUUCGAGGCUUGUCGUAGUGCAUUCAUGCCCUACGUUCAUGAGAGCGUAAACACUUUUGUCAAAUUGCUUGGACACUACCAUGAGAGCGUCCGCAAGUCGGCUGUGGGAUCCCUCUUGUCGUUCUUGUUGACCUUUUAUAAAAUGUCGAAUCCCCAAAAAUGGGCACCUGGGACACCUUUACAGGUGCCGCUUCACGAGAAUGUAGCUGGUCUCGCCAAAGCUUCCGCAGAUGCUAUCCUUAAUAUGUUGGAUGAUGAGGAUGAUCGGAGCGUCGUGGCGCAAGCAUUCAACGAAUAUACCGAAGCUUUGAAAGAGAUGGGCCCUGGAGCGUUGGCAGACAGAAAACAAUCACUUGCGGAACUCGUUCUACUAGUGCUGCAAAAGGAACAUAAAUGUCAGCUUGACGUUGAGUUGGAUGACGAAAUGUCCGAUGGCUCCGUGCUGCGUCGAGUCCCGCAGCGAGUGGAGGAGGACGAUGAGCAAGCAGAAUACGAUGCUGUUCUCAUUAACUCUGCUUGUGACCUCGUGGGAGCCAUGGCAAAUGCACUAGGAGCUGAAUUUGCUGUAUAUUUCCAGCAAUUAUUCCCGCUGAUUGCAAAGUACUACAAAAAGUCACGCCCGGUGUCAGAUCGGAGCAUGGCUACUGGGGUCUUGGCAGAAUGCGCUAUGGGAUUGAAGAAAGGGGUCACACCAUUCACCAACGAAAUGUUACAAAUUAUGAUCCGUGCGCUUGCAGACGAAGAGGAGGAAGUUCGAAGUAAUGCAGCGUUUGGAGUGGGAGUGCUGCUUGAGCAGAGCGAGACGGAUUUGACGAGUUUCUACCCCCAGAUUCUACAGCUUCUCCGACCGCUAUUCGAAGUUCAAGAUGGUAUCCCUAAUAUGGCAGAUAAUGCUGCAGGCGCUGUUUGUCGUAUGAUUGUGCGAAAUCCGUCCGCUGUCCCCUUGGAUCAAGUUCUCCCCGUGGUGAUGCAACAUCUUCCAUUGAAGAAGGACUUUGAGGAGAAUGAACCUGUCUUCCGAUGUGUUCUGCAAUUGCUUCAGAACAACAACUCUUACCUCCUGGCAAACAUGCCUGCACUCUUGAACGUCUUUGCUCAGGUUUUGAGCCCUCCUGAGAAUCAGCUAAAGGAUGCGACGCGUGCGGAAAUCAUUGGUCUUCUCAAAACUCUUCAAACCCACCACGCAGAUUCGUUCCAAAAUAUGAUUUCUGGCAUGCAGAGUCAAUAUGCGACUGUGUUAAUAAGCUUGCUGCAGUAGAGAUUAUGUAGAUUAGCCUGGGCCCCCUCCCCCUCUUAGCGAUUAUUAUACAUUCUAUCCCUCUUGUGUAUUUGUAGUGACUAUUUCAUUCCUCAUCAUAGAUAUCUAUUUCAUGACA